AUGUCUGCAGCUAAAGGUGUAGCGAUUGGCAUCGACCUGGGCACCACCUACUCCUGUGUGGGGGUUUUCCAGCACGGAAAAGUAGAAAUCAUCGCCAACGACCAGGGCAACAGGACCACCCCCAGCUAUGUGGCCUUCACUGACACAGAGAGACUGAUUGGUGACGCAGCCAAGAACCAGGUGGCUCUGAACCCCAGCAACACUGUGUUUGAUGCCAAGAGACUGAUUGGAAGAAAGUUUGAUGAUGCAGUGGUGCAGGCUGACAUGAAGCACUGGCCCUUCAAGGUGGUUUCAGAUGGAGGGAAGCCCAAAGUUCAGGUGGCGUAUAAAGGGGAGGACAAAGCUUUCAACCCUGAGGAGAUUUCCUCCAUGGUCCUGGUGAAGAUGAAGGAGAUCGCUGAAGCCUACCUCGGCCACAAGGUGUCCAACGCAGUCGUCACAGUCCCAGCGUACUUCAACGACUCCCAGCGACAGGCGACUAAAGACGCGGGCGUCAUCGCAGGACUGAACGUACUGAGAAUCAUCAACGAGCCGACGGCGGCCGCCAUCGCGUACGGUCUGGACAAAGGCAAGUCAGGAGAACGUAACGUCCUGAUCUUUGACCUGGGCGGAGGCACCUUCGACGUGUCCAUCCUGACAAUCGAAGACGGGAUCUUUGAGGUCAAAUCCACGGCCGGCGACACUCACCUGGGCGGAGAGGACUUUGACAACCGCAUGGUCAACCACUUUGUGGAGGAGUUCAAGAGGAAACACAAGAAGGACAUCAGCCAGAACAAGAGAGCCCUGAGGAGGCUGCGCACAGCUUGUGAGAGGGCCAAGAGGACGCUGUCCUCCAGCUCCCAGGCCAGCAUCGAGAUCGAUUCUCUGUUUGAGGGCAUCGACUUCUACACCUCCAUCACCAGGGCUCGCUUCGAGGAGCUGUGCUCCGACCUGUUCAGGGGAACAUUAGAUCCGGUGGAGAAAGCCCUGAAGGACGCCAAAAUGGACAAGGCGCAGAUCCACGACAUCGUCCUGGUGGGAGGCUCCACCCGAAUCCCCAAAGUCCAGAAACUCCUGCAGGAUUUCUUCAACGGCAGAGAGCUGAACAAGAGCAUCAACCCAGAUGAGGCGGUGGCUUACGGCGCCGCCGUACAGGCCGCCAUUCUCUCAGGUGACACCUCUGGCAACGUUCAGGACCUGCUGCUGCUGGACGUGGCCCCUCUGUCCCUGGGUAUCGAGACAGCCGGAGGAGUCAUGACGUCCCUGAUUAAACGCAACACCACCAUCCCCACCAAACAAACCCAGGUCUUCACCACCUACUCUGACAACCAGCCCGGGGUCCUCAUCCAGGUGUACGAAGGGGAAAGAGCCAUGACCAAGGACAACAACCUGCUGGGCAAGUUUGAGCUGACAGGAAUCCCACCUGCUCCACGAGGGGUCCCACAGAUCGAGGUCACGUUUGACGUAGACGCCAACGGCAUUUUGAACGUAUCUGCGGUGGACAAAAGCACCGGCAAAGAGAACAAGAUCACCAUCACCAACGACAAGGGCCGACUGAGCAAAGAAGAGAUCGAGAGGAUGGUGCAGGACGCCGACAAGUACAAAGCUGAGGACGACCUUCAGAGGGACAAAAUCUCUGCCAAGAACUCCCUGGAGUCCUACGCCUUCAACAUGAAGAGCAGCGUGCAGGACGAGAGCCUGAAGGGCAAAUUGAAUGAGGAGGACCAGAAGAAGGUGGUUGAGAUGUGUGAUGAGACCAUCACCUGGCUGGAGAACAACCAGCUGGCUGAUAAAGAGGAGUAUCAACACAAGCAGAAAGAGCUGGAGAAAGUGUGCAACCCCAUCAUCAGCAAGUUGUAUCAGGGAGGAAUGCCUGAAGGUAACUGUGGAGAGCAGGCACAAGCCGGCUCCCAGGGGCCCACUAUUGAGGAGGUGGACUAAAGUGGCCCUUAAUAUGGACUCUGUGAUCACUGUAACAAUAACAUUAUACCUCAUGUUUGUAGGUUUUUGUUCCAGACAUUUAUAUGUUUAAACUUAACAAUCAAGAAAUUAUGAGAACUGACCAUAUUUUUACAAAGUUGCAUUGCUGGACUUUGCAGUACAGAUAAAAUGUGAAUACAUCUUAAUGUUUCUUUUGGUUUCAAUAAAAUUACUUAAAUCACCAGAGAUGUUUUAUAUCUUAUUCUUCAUCAAACUUUGCAGCCACUUUUAAGAUUUAGAGAAACCAUGGUACGAGAAUUAUCGAAAGGUUACACCUUUUUUUAUCGAUCUCUGUCUCUCAUCAUCAUAUCCCAAAAUGACACAAGAUGUUUUUAAAAAUGACUGUAUAAUUAAAAAAUACUUCAUACUUGUACCCAUUACAAAAUAAGACAACUCAAUCACAGAAGUAAUUAUGAAUGCAAGCAGUACGAUACGCAGAAAUACCACUAGAUGGUGGAAUUUCACUUUUUCACUGCACUGAGAAUCUGUUAUAAAUGUUAUGAGGGAAUAUAGAUUUUUCAUUACCUUUUUAUUUGAAGUUUUACAAACACACCAACUGUGCUGUUACCAACUCUCAUUUUACUUUUCAGUAAAUAAUGACUGUUUUCCUGGUAAGCUAAAAAAAUAUCUGCUCCAUGUGUAUCUUUAGAUGAGUUCAGCAUUGUAUAGUUCAAGUUACAUGUUUAGUUGCCGUGUCUUCCAGAUGAAAAACAAGGGGCACAUGAAAAUACAGGAAGUACUCAGAUCUUUUACUUU